GCGAGGGCGAUCUGCCGCCUGCAAUUCAGUGCCCAUUGUCCUGCCUCCACACCUUUUCAACCAACAACCAUUGGCAAUCAUCUCCCCCUCUCUGCCCAGCAGCUCAGCUUUCCCAACUCCACCUCAGCUACCAACCAGUUGCUAUACAACCGAUCCAAACGAUCCUCUCUGCCAUGUCUGCGUCGACGGCGCAGGGGAUCAUCGAUCCCACAAAACCGGGCAAAUACCCUAUAGUCCUCAGCGAUGCCCUUCUCGGGAAGCCCUCCAAGGAGUCCUACACUGGCAUCAGGUACAACCACAAACCCGCCCUCUCCUCAGACAUCGCCCCAAGCACUGCGCGGUUAAAGCAGUCGGCCAAAGAUGGAUCCUUCAACCUCGGGUUCGACGACAAGGGCGACAAGUACGCCUUCAAUGGCGCACGCACCACCAACGACGGACAGUACGUCCUCGUCUUCGACCCAGCCCGCAAGGUCCUGGUGCUGCACCGCCUCGACUCAAUGUUCCACAUGAACGUGACCCGGACGCCUACCAAUUCGGACACAGAGAGCCUCCGGAAGGAGUUCCCGCCCCUCGAAGUCCCCCAGACAAGCAGCACCGCUAGCAGCAGCAGCACCAGCAAAUCCCAGAAGAGUCCCCUCGACAAGGGCGACGGCAAACCCACGCCGGCGGCGGCAAAGGCCAACAAGGCGAAGCCGACCUCGGCGCUCCGCAACCCCAAGGACACGGCGGCGCGCAAGCCCGACAAGGCAAAGACCGUCUCGCUGACCCUCCCGGUACCAACGCCCAAGGCGGCCGCGGCACCACCGCCACCGCCACCGCCCAAGCCCCGCGGCCGCGAGCCGGAUCCCGACGACGAAGAGGAGGAGGAGGACGACGACGGCGGGCUGACGAUCGAGUACCCCGGCGGCGCGCCGCCGUCGACGACCGACUUCAGCCCCGCGUUCCCGGCGCAGAUGAUCGGGCGGCGGUUCAGCGACUUUGUUCGCGGCGUCGACGAGGACGAGGAUGCCGAUGGCGACGCUGACGCAGAUGCCGAUGCGGACGCGGAUGCGGAUGCCGAGUUCGAGGACGAUGCCCUGGGCGAUGUCGAGGAUGACGAGGAGGAAGAGGAGGACGACAACGAUGACCAAGACGGUCGCGGGGCCGGGCAGGGCGCCCGCAUCGGCGCGUUUGCGCUGCCCAGCCCGGCGAAUCCUGGCACCCAGACGCUGCAGCAGCAGCAGCAGCAGAGCGGGCUGGGGAUGCAGCAGUUCGGCGGGCAGCAGCAGCAGUACCAGCCGUACGCCGCCGCUCCGUACGGCGCCGAUGCGGAUGCGGACGCCGACGCCGACCUGGAGGCGGACCUGGAGGCCGAGCUGGAGAGGGAGUUCCAGAAGGCGAGCGGCGGCAUGGAUAUCGACUCGGAGAGCUCGGUCAGCGAGGAGGAUUGAGCACGGCCUGUGGGGUGGGUUCGAAUGGCUUCUGUCCCUUUUUCUUGGCUCUAACUUUGUUUUUCUUCUUUCGCUCCUUUUUUUCCCUUCUCAUCUUCUCUUUAUUCCAAGAACACGAGUGUCACGGUUGUAGCCGGAGUUGGGGGAUGACUUUUUGGUCCAGGGUAACGACCAACUAUUACAGAAUACCGGCCUGGAUUACAUUCAUCCUAUUUAUCACCCCAUGUAAUCCGCCUGUUCUACAGACUGGGGUCGGGGGAUAUCUUGGCGUUUGAUGCAUUGGCUUGUUCUGGAUGGAACAGCUUCUUUGGCUUAAAAUUAUGACAGAUAGCGAGCUGCUGGAGGGAGAGCAGGUUACGAUUGCCACCUAUACAGCAUAUUGGAAUAGGCACUAUGAAUUACGACUAUCUAGAUAACUAGAGAGAGCAGAGGAAUUGACGAAUUUUUUUUGGA